CUGGAGCUUCUCCGCUGUCCAAUCUGGCAACCCUGCUGGCAGGGCAGAGCUUCCGCACAGAGCGCGCAGGUGAACACAGAGCCGGAGCUUCGCCACCGAACCGCGGACAGAAAUUCCCCAAGCAGCCCAGAGAACAGUGCAGAGAACCGGGCUUAGUGUUAGAGAAACGGAGAAGGUUCGCCGGUAAAACCCCCCACCGCGCAUCUCUGGCAACCAGACGAGGAAGAGAGAGAAAACGGAGAGCGGAGAAGAUCAGAAAUGGAAGCUCGGAGGAGUUAACCUCAUACCUGCCCGCUCCAAAAGCAGAAGGAGAGGAAAGGCAGGAUUCACUGGCGCCCUGCUGUAGGAGUCAUGGCGCACGAUGACCGCAUGGCCAUUCUGGCGGACGAAGAAGAUGAGGAGCAGAAAAGGACCGAUGCUCUUUCUCAACGUUUUAAUCGGCUCUCGCUGGAGGUCCGGGAGCCCACCACCACACCCGCAUCCAAACCGACUGACCCUGACCCAGCAGUACUGACCCCAGAUCCACAGCAUGAGCUGAACUGCUGUGAGCGAAUGUGUCUCCGGAUCAGCCGGCACCUCCUCGUCUCCAAAGUGUUCUACUUCUUCUUCUACGCUGCCUAUGGCUCGCUGCACCCCCUGCUGGCUGUUUACUAUAAGCAGUUGGGGAUGACCCCCAGCCACAGUGGCUUGCUGGUGGGGAUCAGGUACUUCAUCGAGUUCUGCAGCGCCCCCUUUUGGGGCGUGGUGGCCGACCGAUACAGGAAGGGAAAGGUUGUGUUGUUGUUUUCUGUUUUCUGCUGGUUGAUGUUUAACUGCGGGAUUGGCUUUGUGAAACCAGCGGCCAUGAGCUGUAGACUGGAGAAACCCAUGACAACCACCACUUUAAGCCCAACUUUAGCUUCCACCAAUGGGACUUUAGUUCCAGCUAUGGCUACCACCAAUGGGACUUUAGCCCUAACAGUAGCUUCCACCAAUGGGACUUUAGCCCUAACAGUAGCUUCCACCAAUGGGACUUUAGCUCCAGCUAUAGCUACUAAAAAUGAGACUUUAGCCUUAACUGUAGCUUCCACCAAUGGGACUUCAGCUCCAGCUCCAGCUUCCACUAGCAGCACUUUAGGCCCAACUGUGGCUUCCACCAUUGGGAAAGGAACAGCCCUGCCACUUAACGCCUCAGCCAACCACACUAGGCAGCGCCGAGAUCUGAUUGGACAUCCUGCCAGAUUGUCUCUGUUGUCUUCCAAUCAGGAAUUGGGCUACAGUUCUCAGCGCCGGUUCAAACGAGAUGCUAAUCUUAGCAUUAGCUUGUUUUCUGACCAGAACCUGAGCUCUACCAUGCGUCCUCAGUCCAGCACCACCGUUUUAGCUUCAGGCACCAUGAGCUCCAGCUCCACACCUCUACAACCCCUUAACACCACCACAACUCCAUCACCUCCUACCACCACCACCACCAAACCACCCAAAUAUGUCAUUGACUACAACCCUGACCAGGUGGAGGCCAUCUUCCUCCUCAUUCUGCUGGUCAUCAUCAUCGGGGAGUUCUUCAGCGCGCCUGCAGUCACGAUAGUGGACACGGUGACUCUGCAGUAUCUGGGUCCACACCGUGACCGCUACGGCCUGCAGAGGAUGUGGGGUUCGCUGGGCUGGGGUUUGGCCAUGCUCUUCGUGGGCAUCUGGAUCGACCACACCCACGUGGUCUACAUCAUCGAUGGUGUAGUUGGCUGCAUUCUGCCUGACUAUAAAAACUACCAGAUUGCUUUUAUCGUUUUUGGUGUGCUGAUGGCGAUGGCUUUGAUCGUGGCCACACAGUUCCAGUUUGACCUCCGAAGGCUGGAGGAGUAUGAUGGGAGUGGGAACCAGGAAUCCCAGAGCAGUGCGCCACCUUCAGACAGGACAGAGGGCACAGAGCCCCCUGGUGGUCAGGAGUUCCGCUACCUGGAGCUGCUGCGGCUCCUUUGUGGCGUUCGCUACAGCACGGUUCUGUUCGUGGCCUGGUUCAUGGGCUUCGGCUACGGAUUCGUCUUCACCUUCCUCUACUGGCACCUGGAGGACCUGAAUGGGACCCCCACGCUGUUCGGGGUGUGUUCCGUCCUGAGCCACGUGUCGGAGCUGGCCGCCUACUUCACCAGCCACAAACUCAUCGAACUGGUGGGUCACAUCAGGGUUCUGUACAUUGGGCUGGCCUGUAACACUGCGCGCUACCUUUACAUCUCCUACCUGCAGAAUGCCUGGACUGUGCUGCCCAUGGAGGUGCUUCAGGGUGUGACCCAUGCAGCUGUGUGGGCAGCAUGUAUCUCCUACCUGAGCGCUGCCGUCCCUCCCGCCCUCCGCACCUCCGCUCAGGGCAUUCUACAGGGUCUCCACCUCGGCCUGGGGAGAGGCUGUGGUGCCAUGGUGGGCGGAGUCUUCGUCAACUACUUUGGCCCUGCGGAGACGUUCAGAGGGAUCGGAAUGGCCUCUCUGGUCAUUCUGCUGCUCUUCGCCUUCAUCCAGCACGUCACUGAGAAGAGUGACACGGAGGACAAGAUGCUUGCGGAGAACAUCCCAGUCCCAUCCAGUCCAGUUCCCAUAGCAACCAUAGACCUGGUCCAGAACCAGGAGGCUGAGACCCCUCCUGUCUGGCAGGAGCCCAAACUUCCGGCCCGGAAAACGCAACACCAGGAGGAGCAGGAGGAUGUGAAUAAACCGGCGUGGGCCCUCAGCGUGUCACCAUGGGUUACCAUCGCCUUCGCCUUGGUCCAGAUCAAAGAGGUGGUCCUCAUGAUGAGGACACAGCCACCCACUGAAGUCCAGCCCCUACAGGACGUAAAUGAGCCUUCUCCAGACUCCCAGGAUGAGGAGUUAACCCCCAGGAGUCCCGUUAGUGCUGCCCAGCCGGAAGGCUCUCCCAGCGGACUGCACUCCCUGCCGGACAGGGGGUCCCCGGAGGAUUGAGCAGCACAGCUGGCCGCCCCGUCAGAGCCCACACAGGCCGCAGGCGACCUUGUCCUUCCACCCGAGCUUGAAUCCAACUCUGAAACUCAUUUGGUUGAUGAAGAACUCUUUAAUAGAUGUAUUUUUUAAAAUAUUUAGCGGAUCAUAAAAACAGAACCUGACGUAGAACUGACGUAGAACUUUGCGACAUUUUCUGAUUUUUUUGUGUGGUUAAAUUAUUUUCUGUAGUUUUGGGUUGAAGUGAAUUGACCUAUCCAUGCUCCGCCCACAAAUGCAUUCAUCUAUCGUAGUUAAUCGUGCGAGGGUUGACAAGCUUAACAGAGCACUGGCAAAAAUGGCAUUCAAUCUAAUGUGAAACGCAGUUUAUACCACAGUACCUACAUUUAGAGUCGGUUAUUCAUUCAGCCUAAUGAGAAACUGUAGAACAGACUCAGUUUAUAUCACAAUACCUACAUUUA